AAUCUGAAAAUGUGGAGUUUACACUUGAGCUGAGGAAAGAGAUUUCUCAAUUUGAAUAUUAAUUUUCCUUGUAAGCCGUGCCCUCGUAUUUUCCAAAGCUCCUCAUGUUAAGUUUUCUUCCAAAAAUUCCUUUCUCAGGUAGCCAUGCCAUAAUAUCGCUCAUUUCUUCACCAUGAAAGAAGACUUUUUAGAGUUGCUGGAAUCCAAGACCGGAGGUCAAGUGAAAAGUCAAUCAUUUUCAAGAACAGGUUUACUUAUAUCAUACAUAACAGGAGGAACAGCUCUUGCUCUAAGUGUCAUCUGUUUACCGUUUAUCUCCCCUGCUUUCCGUAGAGUAUGCUUGCCAUAUGUUCCAGCAACAACAACUCAAGUUCAAAAUGUCAUGAAAGCAUUAGAGGGCAAAUCUGGGAAAGUCAUUGAUUUGGGCAGUGGAGAUGGCAGGAUCGUAAUAUCAGCGGCUCAAAACGGUUUCUCAGCUGAUGGAGUAGAAUUAAACUUACUUUUGGUUCUUUAUUCUCGACUGAGGGCCUUAAGGCUUGGUUUAUCCAAAAAAACCAGCUUCUUUCGUCAAGAUUUGUGGAAGUUCAAGAUUACUCCCUAUCAGAAUGUUGUUAUUUUUGGCGUUGAAGAAAUGAUGCCUGAGUUGGAGGAGAAGUGCCAUAGAGAAUUACAUAACAAUGCGAAUGUUAUCGCUUGCCGAUUUCCUUUGUCUUCACUGAAACCUAGUCAAGAAAUAGGGUCUGGAAUCGACUCAGUCUGGGUUUAUAAGAUUGUCAAGUAAUAAUUCUGUGAUCUUUAAUUUUAUCCACAUCAAGAAGAUGUUAUUUCAUUAUUUGCGAGUAAAUUUGUUUCCGGUCCUAGGACUUGAAGGACCCAGUAAAGCUUGUGCUUAUGAUUUUAUUAGGUAUGUCACUCCGCGAACACAACAAAAACAAAAAUAUUUACUUUUACUCAAACUUUUUGGAGUUGAUAUGAGACAGAUUGCAGGAAGUAUGUUUGAAGGUAGAGCUACAUGUUACCAUCAUUCCAGUGCGUCUGAGGUCUGAGGAUUGUACGAAAUAUGAUGCUUAAUUUCCCCAAAAUGCUUUUGUAACGUAAGACCUUCUUCUGUGACACAUCAAAACGAAAUGGCAAUACGCUCUUUGCGAGCUCCAUCUACCCAGUAGCGUGUUACAUAUUUUAUGAACAACCCCCAGCAAUGCUAUAUUUUUUCAAAAAUUUGUUGCAAAUUUUGGCCUAACCUCAGAAUUAAUACAGAAUGUAAGUGACCUUUUCAAUCAAUUUUGUAAACUCAGGUAGAUGUAUGCCGAAUAAUUUGGCUCUGUGGGUAAAAUUUGAGUUUGAAAAUAAAUUUUUUUGAGUGUUUUUCUGGUUUCAAAUAUUGUAGAAAAAGUACGAGUAUAUAAGUUCAGUUACAACUUAUACAUGUAAUUUUCUUUGCAAAAAAUGUUCAUCAUAUUUUCAGAUGUACUCUAAGUGCUCCACGUUUCCUAAAGUAUGUGUGGAAAUUAACGUUUGAGAUAAAAAAUACCCAUAAGUUUUUAAGUUUUAAUAAGCCCAAAGGCAUUUUGAGGCACGUGUGGAAAUGAUAAAGAACCAUUGAGGAAAUGAUGUCCCUCUAUUGCAUGAAUUAAUUUUGGAUCACGGAUUUUGAAAUAAAACAUUUUUUCUGAAAGAUCUUUGAAAAAA